AAUUCAAUUUUUUUAAAACCCCGCUUAAAGGCCAAACCGACGCAAAACAUGCUACUGAAGAAAUAAGCGGUUUUCGUCACUUUGCAGUUCAAAAGCGACAACUUUCUCCCCACUUUCAUUUGAUCAAAUUCGCGAGACACACAGUAGUAAUUCAAUUUAAUUUGUAUUAAUUUAAUCGUCAAUCGCCGGACCGGAAAAUCACAAGUCACCAAUUUCCUCAGAAGCUUAGUGUACCCUGGAAUAUGAUGAGUUACCGAAGCAAAAGGACGAGAACCGCGGCUGCUUCUAAAGUCAAAGACAGUAAGAUUCGAUCAGUCGAAGAUGUUGUUGCACAGGUAGUCCAUGAUGUUGCUAUUGCAGAAGCGCAAGAUGAGGAGACCCUACGCAGUUCAUGCGGCAACCCGACUACUGACCAACCUGCAAUGAACCAGCCAACCCAAGCAACAUAUACCGAGGAAGAUAAUGUUAGACCCAAUUUGCGAAAAACAUCCGCAAGAGAGUCCCUUGCACCUUCACCAAAUCAACCAUUUUCCACUGACCCUUCUCCCCGAUUUAGGUCUGGACGAAGGUGGUCUCCACGUGUCCUGGAUAAUGGUGUUCAGGCAAACCAUGGUGUUGCUCCCAAAGGAGCUCAAGCUCUCGAGACCCAGGUUAGUUCAAGUUGCAACGUAUGGGUAGAUACUCCUUCAAUGACUGAACCCAGACAACCUACGACUACAGAGGUAAAUGAUUUUAGGCCUAGCAAGAGAAGUUCUGCUGGAAGACAGAUCCAUACCCCUCCACCAAGUCAACCGCUUCCUGCUGACUCUCCUAGCCAACCUAGAGCUUCAAAGAGGAAGUCAGUUUGGGUUGAGGAUGAUGAUGACGAACCUUUCCAAGAAUUCCAACAAGGGCUGUCACAAGGAAGGCGCUCAAAACCAGCAAAGUGGAGGGAUGAUAUAGAAUUUGAUGAAAUGGAGGAGGUCGAGAUGAGGGAUUUGGAAGGGAGACGUGGGAAGAAGGGAGGAAGAAUACUUCCUCGGCAUGUUUGGUCUCUUCAAGCUGGGGUUAGGUUUGUGGUUCCUGUUAAUUCAUUAGACCAGCCAGUGAGGAAGGGGGGUCACGUGCUUGUCAAAUUCCUGGGGGAUGUAGCAAAGAAUGGUGAACUAUGUCCUAUUGGUGUAGUGAACUGGCAUAAGGUGGAUAAAAGUUGUAAAGCCAACAUUAUAAACUUGAUCCGGGAAAAGUUUGUGCUUCCCGCCCGAGAAGAAAUAGACAAAAGCAUUCUUAAACACGUGGGAAAGAAAUGGAGAGGUUAUAGAUAUGAGCUCAAGGUGCAGUUUAAAAAACCUGAUAGAACACAAGAACAAGUUGCUAGCAUUGUGCCAAAAGGACUGGAUGCAAGCGAAUGGAAGACACUUGUGCAAUACUGGUUUUCUGAAAGGAGUCAGUUCUUAUCUGCGAAGGGAAAGGAAGCACGAGCUCUUCAAUCUCAUAUUCACACUACAGGUGCCAAGAGCUUUGCUCGAAUGAGAGAUGAAUUUGAAACGACACAUGGAAGAGAGCCAGGAGCGUUGGAGUGGUUUGCUCAAACUCAUCUGAGAAAAGAUGGAACUUAUGUGGAGGACACAUCCAAAGAAUUUUUGGAUGCUGCUGCAGCCAUGGUUGCUCAACAUGGUUCCACCUCUUCUCCGGCAAAGCGUAUUGCCAUUGAGAAUCAGGUUUUCAAUGAACUCAUGUAUUCAGAUGACGAGAGAUCUCAACGACCCAUUGGGUAUGGAUUUGGAGCCAACAGGAGUAAAUUAUAUGGGGUUGGAGGAGAGUUGAGAAAAAGAGGAUAUUUCGCAUCUGGUACUUCCUCAGGCGUGGGAACUGCCACCCAAAAUAAUUUAUUUGGUACUGGAGCAAAACCAAAGAGAAACGACUAUUCAACAUUAGACACUUCCGCAGAAGUGGAAAGAUUGAACUUUGCAAUGGAAGCUAUGAAUGAGACCAAUGAACUUAUGCAAGCUCGAAUUCAUAUGCAAUCUCAGCAAUUGAAAAUGCAAUCCAAGCAGCUACAAAUGCAGUCCAAGCAGAUGGAAGGACUGCAAUUCCAACUUGAACAAGUAACUUCCUUGGUGACCAAGUUUGGAGUGAUGCUGAACAGUCCACAAAUUGAUCCUAUGGGAUCUACGCGUAGAGGGGUUUCCCGUCCGGGCAUCACUGCCACUAAAGCACAGGUUUCGGAAGCUUCAUCUGAAUAUACUGACAGUGACUCUGACAGUAUAGAGUGGGACUAAUAGCAGUGAGGUAGACAUCUGGGGCUCUAGGCAUUGGACUUCAGUAUAUGUUGCUGCUGCCUCGUAUAAGUACUUCUUUGAACUCUCCUUCUGUUAUUUAUACUGAUGUUUUAUUUCUACUGUACUAGGGUCGUAUACUCAGAGUCCCAGACCUUUUAAUUGGUUGUUUUAUUCUUUCCUGCACGUCUGCUUUUCGAACAAAAACUAAAAGUCUUGUAAUUUCAUACUGCAAUAUUCCUCAAGACUUGAUUGCAAAUUUUAGCGGGGAAAUGAAGUUAGAUUAUAAUGAA